AUGUUAUCCAUGCUGUUCGCGUCCUUUGUGGAGAAACAUCGAGAGAAGAACCGCGGUUUGGAUUUUGCAUUCCUUGAUCUCGAUAAACCUUUCGACUGUGUCUCAGAUGAGCUGUCGAUGGAUGUCAAUGAGGGUUCAUCACUCUCACCCCUGCUGUUCGUACUGUACAUGGAUACGAUAAUGAAGGGAAUCUAUCAUCCGUGGACCCUACUCUUUGCCGACGAUGUCAUGCUCGCGUCGGAGUCUCGAGAUGAUCUUGAACCACAAGUACAUCCUUGGAAAGAUCCGUUGCAGCAACACGGACUGCGCCUCAAUCUGUCAAAAACUGAGUACAUGAAGUACGGAGCAAGGAUAGAAUAUGGUUCAAUUCGCGUCGAUGGCACCGAAUUAAACAGGGUGGAGUGUUUCAAGUACCUUGGAUCCAAAGUGACUUCCACAGGCGACAUUGACCAAGAAUGUCGAGCACGCGUUAAUGCGGCAUGA